AGAUUAAAUAAUGAUCACGCGAGGAAUCCUCAGUGACAUCGAUCUUGCGGACGAAAUUUAUUCCCGCUUCAAGUUCAAAAUAAAUUCAAAAUUUUAAUUUCACCGUUGCCCGUGUUUGGCAUGCUCACAUCGAUGAUUAAACUCUACUCUCCUGGAAAGAAUUGAACCCGCGAGUGCAGCUUAGUUUCCGUUGCACAUAAUAAAAGCAAUUAACGUUUAAAUUUUAACCGCAUAAUUUUCACAGAUGAAAUCGUUUCUGGUUCUGCUCUAAUUCGUACGCAUACCGCAGUCUGGAGCUCUGAGACAGAGAGGGGUUCUCAUUUUUGUCGUCUUCAACAAAUCAGAAGUCAAUCAAGUGUCCAUUUGCAAGGCAAAAACAUUGGUUAUUUCUUGAUGCAGUGGUAAUCAUCUUCAUGUAGAAAUGGCAUAUGAUGACAAUAGAGGAGAUUUAAUUUUUUUAUCACUUUUAUUAUUUUAGCAUAUUGAGAGCUUAUAAAUUGAUGGAUGCUCAAGUCAGCCAGAUGGAAAAUGUUGUAAAUAAUACAGGGCUAAAUGGGAGUAAGAAUAUUAAAAAUAAUGACACCGAGUUAGAAGAUAGAUCAUGGUACAUUUUGACAAUGCUUAUCAGAAUAGGCUGCCCAAGCUUGCCUGAAGAGAUUUCGGAAAGGUGUACACUGUUCAGUAUAAGUCCAGUGGAAGUGGAGGCCCUAUGCUGUAUUCCUCAAUCACCAAUAUGUAUGACUGAAGCUCAUAUGGUGUCCUUUUCUGAAUUUUCAAUCCUUCUUUUCUAUAAUGCAUCUCAUAGGUUUGCCGAUCCCUUAGACCUUGUUGUACCGGAUACUCCUGUUUCUAGUUCUUCACCUUCAAGAACAUGCAGUAAGGGUGCUCGGCUAUAUUCUACUUUGCAGACACACACUUCAAAGGGAAACUCUCAUGCAAUCCAAGAAAACAAUCCCACGAGUCCCUGCUCUUUUGGUAUAGAUUUGAACAUAGAUUCAACAUCUGUUGCCAAUAGAAACUCUGCAUGCCAUGCCACUACAACAUGCAUGUCAAAGUUGGAUAGCAAUGUAAUUGGUGUUGCAGGUACUGGUACAGCUAAUAACAUACUACAAACAUUUUCUUCUCCUAGUAAAGAUCAGUCAGUUACAGGGUUUGUUUCUGCCAAACUAGUUGACCUGCCAUUUAAAUAUUCAAGAAAGAGGUUCAGAAAAGACCUUGUUUUGACAGAUGCUGGCUCUAGAAGCCCUCGUAAACCACUCAAAGUGGCAAGAUCUAUAUUUCCUAUAAGCAUAAAAAAUGUUGAACCUUUGCUUCCAACUGAACAACAAAGCUCAAAGCCUCCUGUAAAGCCAGUGAAUUCAGAGGUCACCAAUGAUGCGAAUCAACAUAAAAAGGAGUUGGAUAAUGGUGAGAUUUCUCAUUAUCAGUUGGCCUUGGAUGAUAUAAGUGCAUGCCAAUCUGCCAGACAGCAUGCCAUGAUAGAGAUUGGUUUUGAUGUCUUUGAUGACUCUAAACCCAACUGCCUUCUUGACAAUUCAAAUGCCAAGGUUAUCACAGACAAUGUUAUUAAUUUACAAAGAAUGGGUGGUGCAAUUCUGGAGGAUGUACUUGACAAGGAAAAUAGUAUUGAUGAACCUCUGAAAGCACUCUUGAAAUGUAAAUCACCAAAUAGAGAUGACUGCAUAGUCCAUAAUGGAAGUGAGCAGCAUGGUCUAGAAAUUCAUCCUCUGUAUAGUUAUGAUCUGGUAGCUUCUGAUUGUCAAAAUAAAUUCAACUUAGAAAAUAUUACUUAUCAUAAAAGUGACACAUGCAACCUCAAGAAAAUAAAUAGUGCAGUUGAUGGAAAUCAGUCUAAUGGGAUCAAACUAGAUUUGAUUUUGAAUUCUAUAUCUGAGGGCUCAGGACAAAAGAAUUCUCUUCUACUAAUGGAAGAUGGGAAAACCCCUGAAAUUUGUGAGGUGAAAGAAGAUGAUUUGGCAGGAUAUGACAGAAAGAAGGUUGUGGAGCCAAACCACCAUGUUUCAGACUUUUCUAUUCAACCAUUACAAGUUCCAGAUCUUAUUCGUAUUGAGAUCAGCAAGCCUGAUGUCAGAAAUCACAAUUUCACGGGCAAUGGAAAUGAUCUUAUUUGUUUACAGCAAUGUUCAACUUUAGGAGAUGUCAAUCUAGUCAAUGAAAAAACAUUCCAGAAAGAGUCUCAGUUGGACCAAGAAAGUGCAGAAGAGAAGAAUAUUCCUAGAUGCAAUUAUGGUAUCAUUGCCAACUACACUGAUAAGAAUAUCAUCAUGGAUAACGAAGCCUUAAAUUUUACAAAGAAUUCCCCAUCAAAAAUGCUAGAUACUAGUUAUGUUAAGAGCAUUGGAACAACGAAAGCUAUUCUUAGCCAAGAGUACAAAAAUAGUUCUUGUAAACAGAAGACAAAAGGAUGUGGAAAGGGCUCAGCAUUUGAUAAGGGAGUAACUGCUGGAGAUACAAUGUCCUCUCAGAUAGAGUCAAGACACCUUCCUAUUUUCACGCUUUUCACAGUAGAGGAAGAGGAAGGUUCAGGUGGUUAUGGCACAGUGUACAAGGCUCGAAGGAAGCAAGAUUCAAAAAUUUUUGCAAUAAAAUGUCCUCUUGAGAAAACUCCCAAAACAAGCGUGAAAAAUGAAAUUCUAAUGCUCCAGAGAUUUGGUGGAAGCGAUUUUAUUAUAAAGCUUGAAGAUGUAGUAGAAAAUAAUGGACAGGACUGCCUCAUUCUUGAAUAUGUGGUUCAUGAUAAGCCAGAGGUUCUUAGAAGAGAAAUAAUUAUCUCGGAGCUUCAAUGGUAUGGAUUUUGUAUGUUCAAAGCACUUGCUACUUUGCAUAAGCAGGGAGUUAUCCAUAGGGAUGUUAAACCAGGAAACUUUCUCUUUUCUAGAAAUAUGAAUAGGGGUUAUCUCAUCGAUUUCAACUUAGCUCGAGAUCAAUAUGACUCUUUUUCAAAUAAGUCCACUAUAUCUAUCUCUGCUAGGAGAAGCCUUAGGUCCCACAUGGUUGAAAAUGGGACCUCAUAUCAGAGAAAUGUCAAUGAUGGCAGAUCGUUGAAUUUAAGGAAGCCAAAUAUAAUUGGGUCACAAACUGAAGUUGUUUUUGCCUCUCGCUCAAAGAUGUCAGCCUAUUCUACAAAGGAGAAAGUAAAAAUAUCUAGCAAACCAUUAGCCACUUGGUGUGAGAACAAAGAAAACCAUGAUGUACCCUUGAAACAUCCAAUGCAAGCAGCAUCUUUGGGGCCAAGUGAUAUAAGAUUCCAUAGGAAAUUUGGUGAUGAAAAUGUAAAUACUAGGGAUAGAGCUAAAUUGGGUGGCUUAUUGUAUCCAAACAAUCUUGCAAGUGGAUGGACACAACCAGGAGCAGAAGCUGCAAGAGAACCAUUACCCAAACAGGGAAGGAAGGAACUAUUAAACUUGGUGCAAGAAGCACGACAGAAUUCUCAGCAACAUGCAUCAUCACUUUCUAUCUGUUCACGGAAACGAGUUGCUGCACCUCAAGGGAGAUUGGAAACAGAUGCUGCGAAUAAAUUGCAUGUUUCACUGAUUCCAUUAAAUUCAAAUAAUCAAACAUUCCCUAAGGGUUUGAGUACUCUUCCAAAUAACACAGGUAUCCAAAAAUGUAAAAGAGAUGGUCCAUGUGUGGGAACAAAAGGCUAUCGAGCUCCAGAGGUAUUACUGAGAUCAUUACAUCAGGGUCCUAAACUUGAUAUCUGGUCAGCUGGAGUUACGUUGCUGAAUUUUGUUGUUGGAAAAUCACCAUUUCCUGCUAGUAGUACUGACCAAGCUAUAAAAGACAUUGCCAACAUGCGGGGUGUUGAAGAUAUUUGGGAGCUUGCCAAGCUUCAUGAUCGGCGGCAAUCUUUGCCACAGGACCUACAUUCAGUUCAAUUUGAACAUAUGACAAUAAAAGAAUGGUGUAAGAAGAAUAUCAAGAGACCAGAGUUUUUUGAAUUCAUUCCUGUGUCACUGUUUGAUCUUAUUGAGAAAUGCCUGUGUGUGAGUCCUCAACAAAGGAUAGAUGCAGAUGAAGCUCUCAAGCACGAUUUUUUUGCUCCAUGUUGUGAAGAAUAUGAGAAGCAGAGAGCAUCGAAGGAUUCAAGUAUGCUUUGAAGCUUAUGUGAAGCAGCGUUUACAUCGCUGGAACCCGAUAUCAUCUGUAUCAUUCAAUUGUCCUAUGAAUUUGGGUUGUUAAGAUUGCCAUUCGAGGUGGAAUAUUCAGACUUGUGAUUGACUGUUUGAGGCUCAUCUUCAAAGCCUUGUUAUUUUCCCUCAAAAUUUCUUUGAAGCAUAUAGGCUUAUUCUUUUAGCCUUAAGGAGAACAAUGUUGCUUUUAAACAAUAGUCCAAGUGACAUCUCGCAAGGCUAUGAUCAUGUACCAUAUUGUACCAUAGGUAAUUAGAUUGAAAUUUUAGCUAGGUCUUCUAACUUGGAUAUAUAUGAAAAACAAUCUCUAUAUACUUCAUCAGGAAUGAUCUUAAUUGCCAAUGAUCUGAAUGGCAAUCUAACUGCUUGUACACUUUUCUUUCCCAAUGACUCCCUUCUAGAAUCA